UCUCGUGCACGACUCGACUCGCACACUUGGCUUGGCUAGUUGCACGCUUAGCAACGGCUGCAAAAUGGCGGCUCCCUGCGACACUGAAGAGCUGGGUGCUACCAGCGAAGAUGCGAACCCAUUUUCCUUUCAGCGCUUUGUUAGCACGCGUAGCGCGUCUGGAUCUGAAAGCGCUCCAAAUGAUCUUGGGGGUUUAAUUACUUGUGGCCAGAAUGUGCGCCAAACUCGUCGGAAAUGCCUUGUUGUCGUAGACGAUAAGCCAAAAGCACAAAUUAAAAGGCCGCAGUCUUUGGAUAUAAUUGCACAUCCAAGCUCGGUGCCAGCACGACAUCCUUCCCUAAGUGAUGACACGGAUGGCAACUACUCUUCGAGCAGCAACCAAGUAAAUGUUCCUGAGUCCGCCUGGCUUCAAGAACCUCUUGAUGCAAGCCCUAAGGCACAGUACCAGAUAGACAAGAGUUUAAUUGAGAGACUUGAAGAAAAGAACAAGCAGUUGCAGAGACAGCUUGAAGAUACACAGAAGGUCAACAAAGAGCAGUUGAAAAGAUUGAAGAGCUUGGAGGAACAGUUAGUACAGCAACAAGCUAGAGAACAUGAAGAAACUGCUGCCUUGGAAAGGAUGGUACAACAAGUGGAAUGCAGCCUUAAAGCCGCGUUGGAGAGGGCAUCCUCUGCUGAGGAGGCAACCCAAAGUCUUAAGCAGGAAGUAAAGACACUACAGACUCGCUGCAAGCAGCUGGAGAUGCAGCAGCAUCCGGACUUGUCACAGAUGACUUCUGACCUGUCAAGCAAAUUACGGGCGGCUGCGGACUCAGCAGAAGGUUCUCUAAGGUCCCUGCUUGAAGGUGUCAACCAUCUGCGACUUUAUUCUGACGUGGUUGAGAGCUGGACCAAAGUGCACGAGGAUUCCUCAUGAUAAUUGGUUGAAAGUGGUGUGCCAAUGAAACCAUCCACCUACAGGCCAUACUGGUUGCUUACUCCGUGUACAGUGCAGUUGCUUUCUAGGAAGAAGAUGUAAACAAUAAUAACAGUCCAUGUGAUAAUAUAAUAGUACACUGUGCCACUUUUCUGCUCGACAGAAUGCAAAACUGUAAAACUGACUUCUAGCGUCUUUGUACUACGAUGUCUGAUGCGUUUUUGCAUAAACAGAACAUUCCAAUCUUGCAGCAUUGCUAAAGUGGGUUUAACCAACUAGGUGUUAUGUUGCUUUGUGAUGAUAAUGGCACUAUAUAUACUGCUGCAUACAUGGUGUUUCAGCUAACAUGUACUGUGCCAUUAAAAGCAAAAUGCUACAAAUUGUGAGAAAUGCUACUACUAAUAGGAUUCUGCAACACUAAUCUUAUGUAAAUAGGUUCUGUUCUUCUUAAAUAACAAAUUACCUGAAGUUAAUUAGCCAGAUUAGUAAAUGCAUGUCUAAUGGUAUACACUCAAACCUCGAUAUAACGAACACGGAUAUAACGAAUUAUCGGAUAUAACGAAGUAAAUAAAAAAUAGUCUUGUCAUAGAUACAGUGUCAUGAAUGUACGUUUAUAACAAAUUUUCGGAUUUAACGAAGUUAUUUUCGUGUCAGAUGUGACUGUUAUAAUGAGAUUAUAGUGUAAGUGCAAAUACUAAAUUCUGCUUUGUAUUUGAAGACAGGUCUUUCUUUUCUGUGUUUUAAAUAUUGCAAAGAAGAAAAAUGAAAACUGAGUGCAUGUCUGCCUGCUUGCAUGUGUGAAAGCAGUGCUCUUGAAGGUUGUUUUGAGAAGCUAACUCUACUAAACUACGAAAUGGCUGAAUUCAUGGCCAAGUAAAAGUGACACGGCAUCAGUGUAUUCACUUGCCCCUGCCAAAACAGUCAUAAUGCCUAUCACUCUCACAGGCUGGUAUGCACUGCUCUAUUUCAUUUUAGCAGCAGCUAAUUGUUACACCAAAGCUUAUAACUUUUGCACAGUUUUAAAGUAGCAAUUUCGUGCAGCCUGGCGAGUUGAAAACAUCUUUUGAGAUUGCAACUGUGAGGCAGGCAAGCGUUUGCUCAUUUUUUAUUUUCAAAAAUUUUGUGCCACAACUUUCCAGUGCAGGAAAAAUAACUAUGAAAAAUCUAGUGGGUUUGAAACAGUUUAACGUGUAUAACGUUUUGAAAUGCAAAGUGCAACUCUUUUAGUGAAUUCCAUUAAAUGACUCAUUAAUAAUUUGGUUAGUUAUUUUUACAAAUGGGUUAAGUAAGUGUUAUGGAAAAGAUACCUAUGUUCUCAGAAGACAACUGCUGACAGAACACAGUUGGUCUAACCAUCAUAUCUCAUAUUCCAUUUUCUUAAAUAGCUUGGUCCUUAAUUAGUAACUAGGAUGCCUUGAAUAUCAGUCCUUAUUAUUUAUAAAUAUUAUGCCUGCCUGUGCACACAGUUUUAAAAUCCUUUUAUUUUUUCUGCUCACAAUUAGUUGCCAGGUCACUGAAGCCUUGGGAGCCCUGUUACCAGAACUAUUAAAAUUUGUGAUGUUUGGAAUUGAAACCAUAUUUGUUCAUUAAGUUAUAAGGAUAUGUCUCGUUCUAAAACAGUCUCUCUUCACACUGAAGGAGCAGCAAAUUAGCCUGCAGCUCCUUAUAGCUGGCGCCAAUGUGAGUGACAGUUGCGACAUUGUAUGAGUAACAUAUUUGCACUCUCGUACAGUGCACUUGGAAUAUUGCUCAACCAACUAGCCAACUUCACACCCUUGUACAAUAUGUAUUUUUAUUUAUUUGAUCAUAUCAUCUUACCUGCAAUGGUGUAUUAAGUCAAUGGCAUUCCACUGCUAAGCUUGAUGCCAUGGCUUGGCCACAUUUCAAUGGGGCAAAAUGCAAAAAUGCCUUUGUGCUUGGAUUUAGGAGCAAAGUAAGGCUAAAAUAUUCCACAAUCCCUUAUGUCUAUCAUGUGCCUCAUAUUCAUACUGUAGUUUCAGCUUGUAAAAACUCAGAAUUUAUAUUUAGAUAUUGUGUUCACCUAUGUAGAACACCUUCUGAAGUAAGGCUUCCUAGAACUUUACAUUGAAGCACAGUGAAGUUGAACUGAGUAAAGCUUGAGAACGGGCUAGUUGGUAUUUGAUCACUAGUGGACAUGCUUGUUUUUCCUUCAUGCUUCAAGUUUACUAGAGAAAUUUGACUAGUCAGUCUCCAUUUUACAUGGUCAACAGUGCAGACAGGGGUCACAUCUCCCAUUCAUCUCUGUUGCUGCUUGUACUGAUUUGCUAGCGAUAUAGUUCAAGGCAGAAAUAAAAGUCACAAUCAAUGUUGAUGUAUAUGUUUAUUAUGUGACUACUGCAAUUUCUGUGCCAACAAUAUUGGUACACUGCAUAAGUUAUAGUGAUGUGAGUCACAUUCUUACAUGAUUAUCAUGAUCAUCAAAUGAAUAGUUUAUGUCUACAAAGUGCAAUUCUCAGGACACUGCAUCUGCAUUAAAGAAAUUAACUCAACAGUUAAAUUAGUUACUUAUGUAAAUAUUUCUUUUCAGUUUCAAUUCUAUUGUUUUAAUUUUUUAAUGCGCCUUCUCGCUUUUAGAGUGUUUAUGACAAAAUGUGCUUUUUGUAGUAUGUAGAAAGUAUGAGCUACAAUUGCUUGUCGCCAGUGCUCACUUGUCAUAGUUUUGUCAUCAGCUGCCACAUCGUCAUAUAUAUGAGCAAACUAGCACAGGCAGACAGCUGGCAACUGGGGCUAUUUCUUGAGAGUAAGUAUGUGUUCUAAACCAGUGUUUGAGGGUAGGAUAUCCCAGUGUACAGAAUAACAUUGCAAAAUACUAACAUGCCAGUCAAAGCGGUGGGUCUAAGGUAGCGUCAUCUCCUGUGGCAUUAGACCUGUCUUUCGAUUCUGACCUGCUCAACGCUCCUUAUUAUUCAACUUGUGAAAAGCCUGCGUCCACUGUAUUGGCUAGUGUAUCCAGAUGUAUUAUCCUUGGCACUUUUCUCCCAGCAUCUCCUUUAUCCCUUAUUUAAUGUGAAGGUUCAAAUAAGAUGGACUGUAUAUUUUUUCUCUGCUUCCUUGAUGCUAAAAGCUUGCAUUUGCAAUCUGGAAGUUGGAUAUGUUGAGCCAUCCGUACUUUAGGGAUGGCUCAGUAGUGAUGCCAGAGUAAGUGACGCCAAAGGAUUAUCACUUCAGACCGCCCUCUUCAUUAGACUCAUGAUGUGAUGUUGGAAAUUACACUGGUUUUGAAUGGUCACAUUAUCUUGUUUUUGCCUGAAUUUUUUCUCCAAAGAAAAAUGUUAUGUAUGCACGUAAAAGUACAUAUGGGAGGUUGGACCAUUCAAGCAUAAUUUAGCACUAUUUGUUAUUCCAGAGUAAGAUUUUGUGUGGUUUUUACAAAAACUUAUGUGGACUGUUGCUUUGUUUAAGGUAUUGCAACAUUUAUAAUGAAAUAAUGUCAUUGCAGUGCUUUUGUUUAGGUAGUCAUGUUACAUUAAUUACAUAAGCGUAUGUAUCUGUGCACUAGUCUCAUGUUUGUUUCAGUGAGUUACUGUUAAUUGACUUGUGUCGCUCAUCAUCUCAUCAAUAUUCAUAUGUUUGCAUGUUUUAGACAUAUUUACAUUCCAUUUACUCUCCGUGCUCUACUCACCAUGUUUGCUGGGUAUAGUCCAUUGCCAAGCCAUUCAUGGCUUUUUCAUGUUUGUAUAAUUUCAUGUUGAUAUAGAGAUUUGAUUUGCAUUGAAAUGGGUAUCUCCUGUAAAAGAAUGCAUUGUUACCUUCACAUUUCCUUACUGCAUGUCCUUUGGCUUGCAAGGCAAAGCAUCUCGCAUCUUAUGGCAACCUCCUGAAAGCAUUGAUACAGUUGAACAUUGAUUUGUCAAACACAGAGGCAAGUAUAACAUUUUCUUUUUUUGGCCAUGCCAUAUUUCAACAAGUAUCAUACUGCUAUGAGUAAACUGCAAAUGCAUGAGUUGAGACAAUAUUGGCUACAGUGAAGUGAAUAUAUGUUUGUUUGCUGUUCAGAAUGUAUAUUUCAGUAGAAAUAAUUUCAUACUUAGCAAGAGGGAACUUAAAAAUGGCAUGUUCUGGCAUGUUCUGGUUUAUGCUCAAUUUGGCCAGCAGGUUGGCUCGGCUGGUUCACAGCCAGCAAACCAACAUGACAAUCCCAUGUGAUCCUACUGACCACAUAGUUGCAUGUUAAUAAAGGCUUAAUGCACAUGCCUAUAAUUUAUCAUGUUUGUUGUGCCACAUGUGAGCGUGGCAAGCCAUUGUAAUUGACAGGAGACCUUUUGCUGGCCCAUUGGAGCAUUCAGCUCCUUUGGAAUGUCUGUCUGCACAAAGCGGUUUCAUAGUAAGUGAGAACAUGCCCACGUUACUGUUUGGCAACAACUGUAGAUGCCAGGAUUUAGCUUCUUCUCGCUUAAGCAUCUCUUACCAAUUUAGAAGCACAGAACUGGCAUGUCACACAAUCAUGCCAACAUGCUGAAAGAGGCCCAAAGACAAAUAAUAAUUGUAUGUUGAAGCAUUUGUGACUUAAUGAUGCGAUUACUAGCUCAAAGGCUAGCUGUCAAAAAUGCGAGAUGCAGUAAUUUUGUGUCAGUGUUCCCUUAAGGUAACAUACAGAAUGGUACACCAGCUUUAGUUCUUUAGGAACAAAAUUGCUUAAACACCUUUAUAGUUCAUGUUCAUGUGUAGGACUUUUUAUGAAAGCUAUUGCCAGUUAUAUGUGUGACGUGUAGUACAGCGCUUUAAACCCUUCUGUGCCAUGAACGAGCUGGGCUGGUCCACACAUUUGUGUUAAAAACAGCCAAGAACAAGUCCAAUGCGUCGAUGGUACAUGGUCGAUGGUACAUGGUCGAUGGUACCUUUUCUUGCACUGCCAUGGAUGAGCUGGCUUCGUGUCGGUGCUUUGCCGUGCUCUGGUAGAAGGCAUCACACACCCCAUUGGGCAGUGAAAGCAGGAUCAAGUUUGCUUGCAUGGAGAAAUUAAAACACGUAGGCAAGAGUGAUCCACAAUAAAUAAAUUUGCCCAUUUUUAGUCUGAAUUUGGGGUUACAGUGUGGCAUGGAAGCGGGAUAGAUAACUAUGUAGAAGAUAAAAAAAGUUUUAACAGGAUGUGUGCAAUAGCAAAACUUGAAUAAUCUACCUGAAGAAGACUAGAUAUGAAAUAAAUGCUCAAGUGACUGAAAUUAUAUUACAUAUAGUGAUCAUUUUAUAGUGCAUAUAUGCUGUUCACUUUUAGCAACUUCAAUUAUUAAGUGCUGUAUUGCUUUUUUAAAAAGAGCACAAAGGUACACUCUUCAUGAUUGCCUUGAAUUCUUGUGUCCAAAAGACUACAAAGUGUAUGCAAAUGAUAACACAGUCACUGCUGGUUUUAAUGAUAGUCUUGUGAUGUGAAGAAAUCUGAUUUGCAUUUAUAAUUCCUGACAGUAAAAAAAUUAUGCACUUUUGUCUAAAUCCUGAUUGAAAUAAAGGUAGUAUUUUUUGCUAUG